AUAUCCGGGUUCCCGCCGCCGCCGCCGCCGCCGCCUGCGCGGCCUCGCUCAUUCAGCCCUGCCGGGAGUGGUGCGAUUCCCGACCAAGAUGGCGGCCGUGGGGCGAGUCGGCUCGUUCGGUUCCUCCCCUCCGGGAUUAACCUCCAUGGCCGGCGACCUCGCGUCGGGCAACGGCGGGGCCACGGCAGGCGACGACGAGGACGGGCAGAACCUUUGGUCCUGCAUCCUCAGCGAGGUCUCCACCCGCUCGCGCUCCAAGCUCCCCGCGGGGAAGAACGUGCUGCUGCUGGGUGAAGAUGGAGCUGGGAAAACAAGUUUAAUAAGAAAAAUUCAGGGAAUAGAGGAAUACAAGAAAGGAAGAGGACUGGAAUACUUGUACUUAAACGUGCACGAUGAAGACAGGGAUGAUCAAACAAGGUGUAAUGUGUGGAUCUUAGAUGGAGACCUUUAUCACAAAGGCCUCCUUAAAUUUUCACUGGAUGCCAUUUCUCUGAAAGACACUCUAGUUAUGCUGGUUGUUGAUAUGUCAAAGCCCUGGACUGCUUUGGAUUCUUUACAGAAAUGGGCAAGUGUUGUUAGAGAACAUGUUGACAAAUUGAAAAUUCCUCCUGAAGAAAUGAAAGAAAUGGAACAAAAAUUGGUUAGAGACUUUCAAGAAUAUGUAGAGCCAGGAGAAGACUUCCCAGUUUCUCCUCAAAGAAGAAGCACCACAUCCCAGGAAGACAGAGAUGACAGUGUGGUGUUACCUCUGGGCGCGGACACACUCACACAGAACUUGGGCGUUCCAGUCCUAGUAGUUUGCACAAAGUGUGAUGCCAUUAGCGUAUUGGAGAAAGAACAUGACUAUAGAGACGAACACUUUGAUUUUAUCCAAUCACAUAUCCGGAAGUUUUGUUUACAGUAUGGUGCGGCACUUAUUUACACUUCAGUAAAAGAAAACAAAAAUAUAGACCUAGUAUAUAAAUACAUUGUUCAGAAACUAUAUGGAUUUCCCUAUAAGAUUCCUGCUAUUGUUGUGGAAAAGGACGCCGUAUUCAUUCCAGCAGGGUGGGAUAAUGAUAAGAAGAUAGGAAUAUUACACGAAAAUUUUCAAACAUUGAAAGCAGAAGAUAAUUUUGAAGACAUCAUAACAAAACCACCCGUCCGAAAGUUUGUUCACGAAAAGGAGAUCAUGGCAGAAGAUGACCAGGUGUUUCUUAUGAAGCUGCAGUCACUCAUAGCAAAGCAGCCACCAACUGCAGCUGGAAGGCCUGUGGAUGCCUCACCCAGGGUCCCAGGAGGCUCACCUCGCACGCCAAACCGAUCCGUGUCGUCCAACGUCGCCAGCGUGUCUCCUGUCCCUGCUGGUGCAAAAAAAAUUGAUCCAAACAUGAAAGCUGGAGCUACCAGUGAAGGCGUCCUGGCAAAUUUCUUCAAUAGUUUGUUGAGUAAAAAGACGGGUUCUCCAGGAGGGCCUGGCGUUGGCAGUGGCAGCCCUGGCAGUGGGGCUGGAAGUGGGAGCAGUGGUUUACCACCAUCUGCCAAGAAGUCAGGCCAGAAGGCUGUCCUGUCAGAUGUUCAUGCGGAACUAGACAGAAUGACACGAAAGCCAGUUCCCGUUUCCCCCACGACCCCUACAUCUCCUACAGAAGGAGAAGCUUCUUGAAGAUACCAAAUAAAGCCAUUUGUUCAGUUUUUCUGGGAUAAUGUAAACUGGCCUCUGCCAUUUCCUUCACAGUGGAAUUAGGAAGCUGGAGUGCUUUUACAAAUGGACUAAGUUUAUGUCUCUUUUUUUUUUUUUUUGGUGGUUGCCCAUUUUUAUAAAAGGAACUAUUUAGAAGAAAAAUUGUCCAACAUUAUGUGGAAUUGCUAUUUGCAUUGCAUUUUGCAUAAAGAAGUAAUUUUGGAUUUUGAAAUACCAAAAUUUAUGGAUCUGAAAUGCAACCAUGUGAUCAUAUCCUAAAGGCUGUCUAAAACAUGAGCAGAAUUUAGGGAAGGGUGAGGCAGAUGUGGUUGGGAAGUCCAGAUGCAUUUAGUUAAGAUUAUUGAAAUCAUUCUUCAAAAAUGCGUGUGUCUUGCUGAAGAAGAUCAGUGGUCAGAUUUUGCACACCAACACGGAUAUGUCGCCACACACAAAGCAUGAUGAGAAAACAGUCCAGUGUCAGUUGAUAAUCUAGUUGUAGUCUGAAUCAGCGAUCCUGAAGUGCUCAUCAGGAGGUGAUUUACAGCUGUUGGCCAAGACGUUCCUUGAAGCAAGAAGGAAAAAAAGCACACUGAUGAAAUAUAGAAAGAAAACGGCAGAGGUUAUGAAGUUAUAAAGGUAACAGGCUUCGGCUUUGUCUAUACAUAUAUAUAUAUAUAUGGCUCUGCCUUAAUAUACUCCUUUUUUGUUUGUGACUUUCCACUGUAAUCAGUUAAUAAAGUAUUUAUUCUCUGCAUUCAGGUUCAAA